AUGCGAGACUACGGUCUCGCCGCGCCCCAUGGGCCCAACCGCACCGGCGACCACGUCGCGACCGCCGAUAUUGGCGACAUGAACGGCAAGGAGUCCGACGUUUUCCGUCAGAUCCUCCUGCCCGACGACUCCUUCACCCCCGAGGGUGUCUACUGGGCUGAUCUCCCCCUCAUGAAGAAGAUCGGCUUCGUCAACAAGGUCAACAACGCCGAGGCCGCGCGCGAGCUCGGCAACCUGGGCCGCAUGAUCAAGGCUGACCCUCUGAGCCCCAUUGGCUGGUACUUCCGCAACGCCGUCAUUCCUGGUGCCGGUCUGCUUCUCGAAGGUUAUGUGCUCUUCUCCAUCGGUCUCAAUACCUCGCUCUUCGAGGACGCAUUCCCCACGUGCUGGGGCAAGAAAGCCACGGACUGUCAGGUGGUCUGGAUCCAGGCCGCCACCUACCUCGAAGUCGUCGGUAUCAUCUGUGGUCAAAUCUUCGUCGGUGUCGUCGGUGACUGGCUCGGACGUCGCUGGGGUCUGAUCCAGGAUGCCACCAUCAUGUUCAUCGGUCUCCUCAUGCUUACGGCCUCGUGGGGUGUCACCCUCAACGGCUGGGUCAUCUGCUACGUCCUCUCGCUCAUGUUCUAUUCUUUCGGCGUGGGUGGCGAGUACCCCAUGACCGCCACCUCGGGUAUGGAGAACGCUGUCGGCUCUGGCAAGAUCUCCACUCGCGAGGACCGUCUUCACCGUGGCCGCAAAGUCACGUCGGCCUUCUUGAUGCAAGGUUGGGGCCAGUUCUUCAACCAGGUCAUCGUCCUGCUCUGUCUUUUGGCCUUCAACGGCUCCGCCGGCAACCCGCCCUACGACAAGCUGACGGCACAAUGGGUCUACCGUGUCGCCUUCGCCAUACCCGCCGCCGGCACCCUCUGGCUCGUCUACUACCGUGUCUACAAGAUGCGAUCCGCUUCCAAGCAGCUCGUCAUUGCCAAGCGCAAGCAGAACGUCACCGGCUACGAUGUGCAAUCGCUCAAGCUGACCUUCACCUUCUUCGGCCCUCGCCUGUUUGCCACUGCCAGUGGCUGGUUCUGCAACGACGUCUUCUUCUACGGCAACAAGCUCUUCCAGGGCACCUUCAUCGAUAUCAUCGUGCCCGAGGCCAAGACUAACCUCGCCCUCGGCUGGUCGUACAACCUGAUCAACAUCGUCGUCGAGCUCGUUGGCUACUACCUCGCCUCCUUCCUCAUUGACAACAAGCUCUACGGCCGCAAGUGGAUGCAGAUCAUCGGUUUCCUCGGCUGCUUCAUCUGCUUCGUCAUCCCGGCGUUCAACUACAACUACUACAGCUCGGCGGCACACAUCCACAGCUUCCAGGCCAUGUACUACAUCUCCUCCUUCUUCAACCAGUUCGGCCCCAACGCCGUCACCUUCUUGGUCGCUGCCGAGGUCUUCCCCACCCCCAUCCGCGCCACGGCGCACGGCUUCUCCGCCGCCAUGGGCAAGCUCGGCGCCCUCUUCGCCGCCAUCCUGUACAACUACAUCGGCGACGUGACCAAGUUCCGCGUCGUCACCUGGUUCGGUCUGGCCGGUGCGCUCUUCACCUACCUCUUCCUGCCCGACACCACCGGCCUCGACCUGAAGGAGCAAGAGCGCCGCUGGGCCUUUAUCCGCGCCGGCCGCGAGCACGAGUACCACGGCGUCGCCAUCCACCCCAAGCAUCUCUCCUUCUACGAGCGCAUGCGCGGCGUCGGCAAGUACUACAACGCCGAGGAGGACUACAAGCAGCGCGUCGAGGAGAUGCGCGCCGACUGGGAGGCCGCGAUGGCGAACCGCCAGACGGAGAAGGCGGCGCACGAGGACUUUGACCACGACGGCGACGACUGGAGCUCGGAAGUUAGCACGUUCUUCGAGCGCACGCGCAACGGCAAGAACGGCGGUGCUCCUGGCCAGUACGCCAAGAGCCCCGAGCACGCCACCGUGCCGGAGGAGAAAGUGCACGAGAACGGCGACAGCAUCUAG